GCCUGUGGCUUCCUUGACUGAACUUCCCGGAGCCGGGCAAAGUGGGCGGGGCCGUUGUCUUCCCCUGGCGGAGCUGCCGAACAGCUGCCUCUCUCGCGCGACCACCUGGCGCAUCAUGCACGGCUCCCCUGCCAUCCCCGAGGAGGUCAGCAGCCUCCUUGCAGAUGUCGACACAUUUAUAUUGGAUACCCUAAAAGGAGAGAAUUUAUCCAAAAGAGCAAAGGAAAAGAGGGAUGCUCUGAUUAAGAAGAUAAAAGACAUCAAGUCCAACUACCCACAAGACUUUCCUGAAAGAGGAGAACUGGAAGAUGGGGAAGAGCGUGAAGGCCCUUGCCCUGUGCCUCCUGACAAUAUCUCUGUAGCAUCUGACCGCUGUGAUAAAGAGGAUGAAGGCCCCUCUGAUGGGAAUCAAUUCCUUCCAGUUGCAGCGCAAGACCUUCAGUGUGUUUUAAAAUCUGGGUACCUGGAAAAACGCAGAAAAGACCACAGCUUUCUUGGCUUUGAGUGGCAAAAGCGAUGGUGUGCUCUGACUCGAACAGUCUUCUACUAUUAUGGAAGUGACAAAGACAAACAACAGAAAGGUGAAUUUGCUAUAGAUGGCUACACCGUCAGAAUGAAUAAUACCCUUCGGAAGGAUGGAAAGAAAGAUUGCUGUUUUGAAAUCGCUGCUCCUGAUAAACGCAUUUAUCAGUUUACAGCUGCUACUUCCAAGGAAGCUGUGGAAUGGGUGCAGACGUUGAGACACGCAAUACGAGACAUGGGAUCUGAAGAUAUUCUUGAGGAGGAUGAAGAAGAAUAUGAUGACAUUGAUGAAACUGGCGUUCCUUCUCAACGAGCAAGCACGGAGCCAAUCAAUGAUGAUAUUUAUGAAGAACUUCCAGAAGAAGAAGAAGCACCGGCCAAAGUGCCAGUGAAGGCUGAAGAGUCAAGGAAACCGAGCCAAGAGAACCUUAGCAAUCCUUCAGGCAGUAAAAAAACCGAUUAUGCUAAUUUCUAUCAAGGUAUGUGGGACUGUACUGGUGAUGUUCCUGAUGAGCUGACAUUCAAACGUGGAGACGCUAUCUACAUUCUCAGCAAGGAGUACGGUAGAUUUGGCUGGUGGGUAGGAGAAAUGAAAGGAACCAUUGGCUUGGUGCCUAAAGCCUACAUAAUGGAGAUGUAUGAUAUUUGAGAGGCCCGGGUGGAUUCUACAAAUUGCAUGAAGCCUGGCAUAGAAGUAUGCCAAUGCAAACCUGCAGGUGCCUAGAUUUUAGCAAGAGCAUUAACCCUAAUAUAUUGCACUUCUACAUAUUGAUUCUAAUGCUGUAUUUUUUAUAUUUAAUGUUUAUUGUGAGUGUUGACAUACAAAUUAAGCUAAACUUUUU